CGUUGUACCAAGCUGAAGUUGUAUAUUAAUUGAAGCUUUGUCAAAUCCAGCUAGUGGAUGUUAAGGUUAGUGUUGAAUCGGAAAAAUCUUGGUUGCCUCAGGAGCGACGAUUCUUUGUUUACUUUGGAUUUUCUAGAUGCCGUAUCACCUCACUUCCCCAUAUCUUCACGUUUAAGCUCCAGAUUUUGCUAUCAACGAGCAAAGAAAUACAAUGUGGAGUAAUACUUCUAGAAGAACAGGUGAAGGUCCUAUGGACUUUGAAUGGCAAGAGAAAGGUGGCCCUAUGGAUCCAAAAUCACCGUUUCUACAAUUCAAAGCUAUGCAGCUUGAUAACAAUUCUGCCAAACCAACCAAUUCUUUUCUGGCACAGAACUCCACACCAGCUCCAGCAUUUCGAAAUCCAGCAUUCACAACACCCCGCAAACCAUACAAUUCAGAUAUAUAUUCCGAAGCUUCGGGAAUUGAAUCUUCCCCCGGCGAGACUGCCGACGCAGAAGAUACACCUGAAGUACCCAAAACCUCCAGCAAAACUAUGACGGCUUUCUCAUCAAACGCUUCUUCACGCAAACCGCUAUUUGGCAAAUAUGGCACAAACUACAAAGGAACCAGUCCUGGCGCUCGUAAUGAUUUGCGCAGAAUGAAGUUAGGAGGUCAACCUAUAGCUAAAAAGCGAAAGCGUCAGCAUCGGGAUGAACGAGAAGAUGAAACGAUGGGGAUAGUGCGACAUCACAGGAAGGAAUCGGCUUCGGAGUCAGAGAGCGAAUCAGGAGAUUCAAGACAAAAUAGUCGAUCGACCGAAGGAAGGCAAGCGGGCAACACACCAGGCUGGUUCUCCUCCUUCCUAUCUGGUAUCGAGUCGCGACCCAAUCUUCCAAACAUUCUCUCUUACUACGCUCAAUUAACGCUCAACACUUUCGUCGUCGGACUAAUAAUGUUUGGGGUUUACACAUUCUGGACUACAAUCCGAAGCGACGUUGAUCAAGCAUCUCAAAAAGCCACCGCGGAAGUUCUAUCCGAGAUGGCCAACUGCGCAAAACAAUACACAGAAAAUAAAUGUGAACCAAGCAUGAGACUACCUGCUUUAGAAACUGUCUGUAAUAACUGGGAUGCCUGUAUGUCUAUGGAUCCCAACGCUGUCGGAAGAGCUAGAAUCAGUGCGAAAACAUUCGCAGAGAUUUUGGAUAGUUUCAUCCAGCCUAUCAGCUAUAAGGCCAUGAUCUUCGUCGCCCUAAUCUUCACCCUCUCCAUCGCCGUAAACAACAUGGCCUUUGGAAUGUUCCGUUCUAAACCCCCCAUCUUUCACCCCGAACCCCAACCUCACCCUCAGCAACAUCUCCCCCAACACCCCAACUAUUUCGGGCAACCCAAUCCCUGGGGCAUCCCCCAAACCCCUCAAUCACAUUUCGGUCCUUACGAACCCUGGCCCACCGGAGCAGGAACUGCUCAAAGAGCUCUAUUCCAGAGAAGCACUUUUGGAAAUCGGGAGCGCGAAAUGGAAUUUAAAACCAUCGAGAGGAGUCCGAGUAAGAAUCGCGGGAGGAGUAAGGGGAGAAGUCCAAGUAAGGGAGAUAGGAGAUAUUUGGAAUAGAGUUUUACUUGGGUAAUCAGGGGUAGCGAGAUCAAACAUGGCUUGGGAUAGUUUCUUGAUAUUUUGGUGGCAGGUUGGAUGGGAAAGGAAAAGAAAGGAUAGGAGAGGAAAGAGACCAGAAUACAUGGAUGUAUGGAUGGGUGGAUGGGUGGGUGGGGAAUGCACGAAGCA